UGGUAGAACAGUGAAUGAAGUACAGUGCUGUAAAUACAGCCAGAUCCGAAAUGGCUUUCCUACAAGAAAAUGCAGAAAAUAACGAGCUUCAAGCUGAAAUACAUUAGAUUCUUUUAAACGUAUAUCUAGGUAUUUGGAAAGAAUGGAUAGAAAAUGAAAAUUUUGAUAAUGAACGUGAAGAAUGUAUGGGUUCUUUAUUGGCUACACGUAAUUGGAAUACGGAUGAUGUUGAAAAUCUACUAAACUGGAAAAUGAUACCGCGAACAUCGGACGGAUGGUUUUUAAACACGAAACAUAAAUUACAAUUGAAUGAACAAACAGCUUUUGCAAAAGUAAUUGGUAUUACAUUGAAUGGUGAUACAGGUGAAAUUGACUUUUUAUUAGCACAAGCCAAUAAAAUGGAACAUAAUUUAUUUGAUAUGUAUGAUGUUGUUGAU